UCAGGUAAAAUUUUAUAGAAUUCUUUCGACAAUUUGUCUUUUCACUCAGCUAUUCUUCAACUAUAUUCGACCUCUGAAGCAUAUAGUAUUAUCCUGUACAAGAAAUUUGUUCGCAAUUCACCAAAUUUUUCAAUAAAUGCUUAAUGAUGAGUUUGCCUACUGCUGUCAAAAGUCCAUCGAUUCACAAUCCAGUUCCAGAAAUUCCAGACCGAGAACAAGAAGACUUGGAAGAUUUAGGACCUAGUUUAUUGAGUAUGGAAAAUCUAGACCGAACUUCACCGGAAUUAUGGCCAGAGAAAAUUCCAGGUGUAGCAGAGUUUAUCAAUAGUUUUCAAUCCACACCACAAAGUACAACAAAGCUGCCAUAUUCCAGAGAAUUGACACACGAGGAUGAAAAUUAUUUACACCAAUUGGCCUCGUUAUCCACCUCAGAGUUGGUAGGGAAAGUGAAAGAACUUCACGAUAUCGCCUAUCAACUGGGAGUCGAAGAAUCCAAAGAAGUUACUAGAGGAAAAUAUCUCAAUCUGUUCAACAAGACUGAUCGAAAAAAGAAAAAAUGAUUUGCUACAACAGUCAAAUUUAUUUUUUUAUGUUUGUUUUGAAGUAAAAAUAUCAAUAAGAAUAAUUGAUGGUAUCCUCCAAGUACUUUUGGUUAUAUUUGAGAAAACUAAGUCUUACAAAAAAUUUUAUAUCAAUUUAUAUAUGUAAAUUUGAAAUUAUGGCCGAAUUCAAAACAGCACAUUAUUUUAUAUUUUCAAUUGACUUUGAUCUUUAGCUAAAGAAGCAACCAUACUGUACACUUUUCUCAUAUCUGAGUCUCAUUACAAUCUAUUCUUAUUUUAAUCACUGCAUGCAUAUCUGCUCAGAAAAGUCGAUAAGUUGCUUCUUCUUCAAUAAAUUUCUGGAACCCUCUUUAAUGGGUGUACCAUCAAAAGUUCUCUUUCUUAUUUUGAAAUGAUCAAACAAGUUUCAAAAUUUGAUUUAUAUUUAUAUAUUUUGUGUGAAUUGUGAUAUAUUUUUUAAGGUCAACACAUGUAAAUAUAUACUUAUUAUUUUUAUGCAUUACUACAACUGAAUAUU